GACAGCAGGUGUUUGUGAUCAGAGAGCAGCAGGUGCUGAAAGCGACGACACCAGGCAGGGGACGUCCCGGUUUACUGACCAUAUAUUGUAGUUAAAACCAAGAAAUACAUCAAUAUUAUUUUACAGCGAUGGCCCCAAAGGGCUUGGAGCUCCACGUGGUCCUGGUGCUCCUCCUCGGCUUGUCGCGCCUCGGGGUCGACGGAAUCUGCAGCGUGGAAAAGUGCACCGACCGCACGAGAUGCGUCCUGUCCCGGGACCAGAGACGCUGCAAGUGCACGGUGGGAUUCUAUGGUGACCAGUGUGAGAAAAAUGGACAAAUUAAAGUCAUGUGUGGCAGAAACUACAUUGCGAUCAGGGUGAUGGAAGAUUUCUUCAAGUAUUACAAGGUGCCGCUCGAGUCCCUUCACCUGCCCAACAAGUCGUGUCGUGCUCGGAAAGAGCUCGUCGACGGCGUGUCGUACUACAUGUCCACCAUACCCAAAGAGAAGUAUCUGACGUGUGGGGGCAGACCAAUGGAGACAAACUUCACUCACAUCUCCUACUCUCUGAGUCUACUGACGGACCCUCGGGUCAUUGGAAACAUCAUCAGAGAUCCCGUCAUCAAGAUCGACUACACGUGCGUCUUUCCGUACGUCAGGAGCGUCAGCCUGCCGUUCCCAGUCGUCCCGUUUUCCAGUGAGAUGGUCCUGCGUGUGGAUGAACUCGAUGCCGUGAUACAGCUGAUGCUGUACAAAGACCACACGUACACCAAGGCCUUCACCAGCUCCCCCACCAUCGAACUCCAAGACAAGGUGUACGUGGAGGUGGCCGUGACGGAGCCGGCAGACUUCUUCCUGCUCCGCAUCAACGAGUGCUGGGCGACACAGUCUCCCAAGCCGAACUCCACAGUGGGAUCAGUUCACACUCUGCUUCUAAACGGGUGUGUGAACGACAACACGGUCUCCUUUCUCAACGUGAGCGAGGGGCAGUCUGGACGCAACGGCGAGAGUUCCACCAUUCGCUACAGCUUCGACAUGUUUCGCUUCACGUCGGAACCGAACAGCUUCUAUCUCCACUGCACGGUGCAGCUGUGUGAGCCUGACGACUUCCAGUCCUGCAAACCCAUCUGUAAUUCCAUUACUAAGAGAGAAGCAGUGAGAGCGGAGCCCAUGCAGGGUCUCCUGUCGUACGGACCAAUCAGGAUCGAAAUGCCCGAGCCACAUCAAUCCAACAUACUGAUGACGGUGGUGCUGCCCGUAGCAGGUGUCUGGACCGUGGGCUUCUUCCUCAGCAUCCUCAUCGUCGUGGCAAAGGCAGGCAGCAGGAGACUCACACAAGCGGAGCAGCACUGACGUCAAGAAGCUGCUGUUGCAGCGUGAAUAAAACUUAAAAAGGC